AUGCGCCUCUGGGGCUGCAUACCACUCACUCUCCUGGCUUUGGUAGCUCUUUCCACGACUACUCAAAUCGCAUGGAAUUCAGAUGCCACUAUUCAGUCCCAAACAUUAGUCGACGUUCUCAAUAAUGAUGAGGACUAUACAUCACUCCUUUCUCUCCUGCAGAAAGCUAAACUCAUCCCAACGUUGAACAAGUUGAAUGACAGCACCCUUUUCGCGCCAACUAACGACGCAAUUAAUCGUCACGACCUUUGGAGGUCAGCCCUCGAGUAUCCUAACUUGCUCAAAGACAAUGUGCAAGAGGAGCUACGUCAGCAACUGUUCUACCACCUCCUUAAUUACUCCGUAACUGAAGAUCCAAAGGACUUGACCACACUGCGAGUUCAUGAGACACUCCACUUCCCGAAAUUCUCCCCGGAUCUCCCUGCUAAUAAGCCUCCCCCAUGGAUGCCAAUACCCGAGAGCACUCUAGGAAACCGAUCUCAGAAGUUACGCAUCACUUCACGAGAUGGCGUAGGCUGGGUCGGUGUUGACGCUUUUGGACAAGGGGGUAUUGAAGUGAAGAAACAGAAGGUGGAGGCGGCAAAUGGUGUCGUAUAUGGGAUUGCUCACGUCCUUGAUGUUCCACACCACCUCGGUCGUGUCCUGUCUCAUGAACCAUCAUUGUCAUAUUUCCAGAAGGUCCUCACACCUAGCAUGCUCAAUGUCAUCAACUCUACCUCUGAGCUUACGUUGUUCAUUCCCGUCGAUUCUGCAUGGGAAGCACUCGAUCCAAUUGAGCGGUUAUACCUCGAAAGCCAAUUUGCUGCAGAUGAUCUCCUGCGCAUAUUCAACAUGCAUGCUGUUGUCGAGAAGAGUGUCAGAUGGUCGGACACUUUCGACCCAGCCACCACCUUGACUACUGAAUAUGGAUCUGAGUUGGAAGUCGUCGUCUCCGAAGGGAAGACUACAGUAUCAGGCGCUACCCUUUCGCAGCCCGAUAUUUAUGCGAGUAAUGGAGUCUUACACCUCGUGUCCUCUCUACUGGUUCCGCCAGGAGCCUUUCAGCUAACACCUGAAAAAUACCUUCUUGCACUCAACUGCACUUUGUUUAUUUCUCUCAUACACUCAGUCAAUCUUACCCAUCUCAUCAAUGAUACCGAGACUCAAUACACCAUCCUAGCACCGAAGGACGAUGUUUUAUCCGUUUUCGGGAAUGACGGCUUACCCAAACAGGGGAGCGAUGAGUUAAAGAGGAUGUUGCAGUACCACUUUCUCCCUGGGAAAUGGACGCCCAAGAAGUUGGCAGACGGCAUGCUACUAGAAAGUGUACUUCAGGAGCCAGGUCUUGGUAAUGGGAGUCAGGUUAUACACGUAGAGGUCAACGACGAUGAGAAGCAGGAUGUCCCAUCCAGACAUAUCAGGUUUGGUGGAGCUGGCAUUGUUGGAGAGCACCUUGUUAUCAACAAUACUGUUGUCUACUUCAUCUCAUCACCUCUGGAACCACCUGUGGACCCGCUUCAAACAGCUCUACCCUCUCUUGAGUUGUCUUCAUUCCUUGCCGCAGUCUUCUCCACGUCGAUUGCAGAAGACAUCAAGAAGACGCCCCGCGCAACGUUCCUCAUCCCUCACAAUGCUGCUUUCAAGCGGCUCGGUAAGCUGGUCAGCGACCAUCUGCUAGCUGCGUCAUCCAAGACGGACUUGGAGCGCGUUAUAAGGCACCAUAUCAUAGACGGUAUUGAAUACUCCCAGAGCCUCGUUGACGGCUCUGUGCGCACUUUCGCCACCCUUGAAACAUCUGACUUACAACUGGAGCGCCUGCCAAAUCUAUCUGUUAUCGUUAGCCCCAGCGGUGGCUGGGCUGGCAUGAAGAGCGCGUUAUAUCCCACAAACAUGCUCACCGAAACUGGCGUAAUACAUGAGCUGUCAGAUCUUAUGAUCCCGCGAUCCGUGGAGUUAAAUGUAGGAAAGCUUAUGAAAGCGGCCAAGGCCACCACCAUGAUUAACAUGGUCACGAAAGCUGGAUUCGACUGGAUCCUGAAUGGAACCGCUCCCCCUGAAGGUUCAAAGUGGGCAGACCAGGGUUUAAGUGGGGCAAGUUGGACCGUACUUUGUCCAACGGAUGAUGCGUUCAAGAAUAACAACCUCACACAACUCCUCGAGAAUAUCGACGUUCUUCGUUCAAUCGUCAGCCAACACCUCAUUCACACAUCAUCUGCAGGAGAAUCUGGUUCAUUUAACGUCUUCGACGUCUUGAAUAACAAUCGUCCCCUUCCGCUAGAAGAUUUGGGCGAAUAUCCCACUCUCCUUUCGCCUUCUUCAGCGUAUGGUGAUAUUGUCUUCCGCGCGUUGGACGACAAAGUAUCCCAGUACAUGGUCGGGAUCAAGAAUGCAAGGGGGACAGACAAACAAGCUGAUUGGGCACGUGUCCUAACGUGGGGUCGAGCAACGACGGGCGGGGGCACGGGCGGUGUUAUCACCAUUGACCGCAUGCUCGUCCCGUAUCAUCCGCCAUGGUGGAUCGAAUAUUUCGCGCCGUUCUUCGUGGGAGCGCUUGGCGUUGGGUUGAUAGGCCUGUUCUUCUAUGCUGUCCGGACAGUAUGGAAGAGGGAUGUUACUGAAGCCACAUAUGAGCCGAUUGGUGGAUUUGAACAGGACGACUUCGCACCGUCCAGCAUGAGCAGCGAAGCACCAGCAGCCGAGGAGGCCAAGAACUCGGCAAUUGACAACGUAAAAUCGUUUAUUGCAGGAGGUUUUGGAGGAGUUUCUGCUGUCCUCGUAGGGCAUCCUUUUGACCUGACCAAGACCCGGUUACAGACCGCAGCUCCUGGCGCGUAUACUGGUGCAAUUGAUGUUGUCAGGAAAACAUUAGCUCGAGAUGGUGUCACUGGCUUGUAUCGUGGAAUGGUACCUCCACUGUUGGGAGUCACUCCAAUCUUUGCAGUGUCCUUCUGGGCAUACGAUGCCUCUAAGAAUUUAAUACUCGCAUUCACACCCAAUCGUACAUCCGAGAAGCUUUCUACAGCAGAACUUGCCGCUGCCGGUUUCUUGUCUGCCGUACCGACGACCCUCAUUACUGCACCUGUUGAGAGAGCAAAGGUUCUGCUGCAGGUGCAAGGUCAAGGAGGUUCAGGGCCCCAAUACAAAGGUGUCUUCGAUGUUAUGAAGCACCUCUACAGGGAAGGUGGUAUACGGAGCAUCUUUCGAGGCACUGGUGCAACUAUCGCUCGCGACGGACCAGGCAGUGCUGUUUACUUUGCGGCGUAUGAAGUUACCAAGAAGGCCCUGACGCCGGCUGGGCCGUCAGCAGGAGACCUUAACCUAGGCGCCAUCAUGUUCGCAGGUGGAACUGCAGGUGUUGCAAUGUGGUCAAUAGCUAUACCCCCAGAUGUUUUGAAAUCCCGCAUACAAUCUGCACCUUCUGGUACAUAUUCUGGACUUUUCGAUUGCUUUAGAAAGACCGUAGCGCGUGAUGGGAUUACUGCAUUAUGGAAAGGUCUUGGUCCAGCGAUGGCUAGAGCUUUCCCAGCUAAUGCUGCCACAUUUCUUGGUGUCGAAGCCUCGCGGAAGUUCAUGGAUGGUUUCUUCUGA